AAUACGUCAUCAGUGGUCGCUCCUAACGACCGUGCACUCGUUUGAUCGAGACAUACCGACAAACUGUAGAAAGACUGACAUCUGUUAAAAGCUAACGUAUCUUUAAAGUGGAGAUCCCCCAUAAUAAAGUUUAGGAAUAUUUAUGGUGCACAACACCAGCAGCCCAGCGAAACUCGGAAAAGUUUCAUCGCGAGGCCGCGAGAGUCGGCGAGACUCGACAUCAGAUCAACAUGGCGAACGGACCGCCCCGCAGAAGUGAGUCCCGAGCGAGGAGAGUAAUGAAACAGUUGAGGGACAGAAGUGCCAUCAGUCCUGUCUACAAAUAUGUCUUAUUUUUCGCCAACUGUCUGUUUCUGCUGGCAGGGAUUGCAAUGCUGGUCGUGAGCACAUAUGUCCUUGUACAAAAAGAGAAGAAAAUCACCUACUUUGUGGAGUUUAUCUUUGAUCCCAGCUGCCUCCUUUGCCUUGCCGGCAGCAUCACUGUUGUUGUUGCUUUCCUUGGAUGUGGUGGAGCUUUGAGGGAGAACACAGGGUUUCUGAGAGCAUAUUACUGGAUUUUAAGCAUCCUGUUAUUGGCCCAAGUGAUCAUCAUCAUUUUUGUCUUCAUUUUCUACUUCAUGGAUGAUGUAGCUAAAAAGCUAAAUUUCUACCCAGAGAAUGUCCUUAGAGAUGCCAUUAUAAGAUACCGGGAUGAUGUGGACAUGCGUAACUUUAUUGAUGACCUUCAACAGUUUCUUGGUUGCUGUGGUGUCAGUAAUAAAGAUGAUGGAUUCCUUGACUGGAAUGAAAAUUCCUACUUUAACUGCACUGGGGGCAGUCCUGAUGAAUAUUCAGAAAAGUGUUCAGUGCCCCACUCUUGCUGCAUAAUGAAACCGGGUGAAAAUAUAAAUUACCAAUGUGGAAACAAUGCACUGACAAAAGACGCAUCGGAUGCAAAAAGUACAAUCUACACCAGGGGUUGCCUGAUGGCCAUCAAAGUCCUCAUUACAGAUAAUGCUUGGAUCAUCGGCGGUAUUGUCAUUGGCAUUCUCAUUCCACAGGCAUUCUUCAUUUUCUGUUCAAAAACACUGAAUGACCAGAUAUGGGUUCAGCGCUCAAAAUGGUGACUAGCCUCCCCUGCCACUGUUGCACCGGAAGAAGCUGAACCCAUCCUGCCCUCGUCUUAAAAUGUCAAGAUCAGCUCAUCGUUGUCUAGAGAUUGCUCGUGUGCUGGCUUGUCUGCAAGUGACAGAAUAUAACUCCAGCAUUGUUUCUGGAAUUUUAUGAAAAUCUAGGUGCCUUUAGAUCCGAUGAUAGCCAACAUUGGGCUCAUCAUUCGGGGAUUUAUGCAUUCCUAUUAAAAUUAAGGUGCAGAUGUUUGUUCACUUUCAAAACGCCUUAUAACAAAAGGUGAGCUUUCCUUGACUUUAAUUUGUUAAACAUCUAGUCGUUCCCCCUGCUUCCCACCAAAUCUUCGGAAUACUAAUAAGUAUUUAUCUUUUUUAUACACAAUCGGGAAAGCUGGAAAUGAAUCAACUCAUGCCUGAACCUCUCUGUAUCUCUGUAUUUGUCCUAGAGACAAUAUGAAUUUUAAAUAAUGGCAGGGUUUUGGGCUAACUGAAAUAAAAUAACUCAGUAAAAAUUAGAACAAAGUAGCCUUAAGCCAUUUUUUUUAGUUCUGUAUGAAGAGUUAGAGGAAGCAUGUUAUAUUGUGUGAUUAAUGUGUGUUAUUUUGUUAUCUCGUUCCAGUUUCAGUGCUUGCAUUUUGCGUCUUUAUUAUCUUCAUUGUACUUUUUCAUUGCUGCAAUAAAAUUGCAGCUGUAUUUUGGAGUUACACAGGGAAAGAGCAUUAUGCUGCAGUGUUCAGGUUCACCAAAGUGAUGUAAAUUCUUUGGUUCUAAUCGUGAAACAAACUUCACCUACACAUGUUUUACCUGCAUACGUUUUUCUUGGAGCAAACAUCACAAGGUUCUUUCAUUAAAUGUUUAUAUGCAGUUAACUGUCACCAGUGGUCAAAGUAGCUGUUGGACACUAUGCAAGUUGGCUUUGCCGAGACAUGCGAACAUUAGAUGGAGAAGAUAACUGUUGUAUUAUCAGUGUUAACAAAGAUAAAUUAAAACAAAGGCAAGCAUUGGUUAAGUUAGUAUUAUCUGCUUUCCUGAUGGAUAGAUGAUGUAAAAAUCUAAAGAAAAUUGUGGUUUCAAGCAAUUCGAAGCAGAAACUUUAACAUCGCAAUAUAUGUUGUCUCUCCUGCUGACAGAUUUGACAAAUUACCCUUAGUUGCCUAGAUCUCAACAUUACAGAUUGCUUUCAUUUACGUCAUGCACAUUACGUGUUCUGGGUUUCUAGUUUGUGCAUGGCACUAUAAAAACUUCAAAAUGUUGUUGAUUGGAUGCUGCUUGACAUAGGAUACCAGUAAAAGCAAAAUACCCUCAUUUCUGCAAAACUAUAUCUUCCUGUAGCAUCUCAUACCUUUAUUGUAUACACGAUGGAAGUGCACCUAAAUUUGUCACUUAUAAAGAAAGCACAGCAUGUAAAAUUGCCAGUUAUCGCCACUGUAAAUGUGUACUUAAAAUUGCCUGUUGAUGUAUUUCCUUAAUUAUAUGAAUAUUGAUUUGCAUAAAUAUUGAACUAUUGUGCAGUUAAAAUGAAAGUAUUGUAUAAAUCAUACGACCCACUAACAGCUAUAGCUGAUAGGAGACUGGGGCUGUUAGAAUGGUUUGGGUGGAAGAAAAGAGGAGAGAGUAUUGGUUACCAUAGAUAACACUGGUCCAUGAAAAAUGAGAGGUACUAACCAAAAUGGUUAGUUUUGUAUAUAUUGCAGACUUGGAAUCCAUUCUUCUGAGCACACAUACUUUUUGAACACCAUAAAACAGAUGUAUUCAGUUUGCUUCUCUUAUAAUCUUCCUAAAUAAAAAAACCACUUAAAAUGCUGUUGAUAAGCGCAUGUUCAGUCUACACACACAUUUUAGGGUAGUGCAUGUAAAUAAUUAUGCAUUGAACUAAAACAGAUAUGAAAGCGCCUUAAUAUUUUCUUUCCAAUCUGCAUUUGGCUCAUUCUUGUGUAACUAAAAAAAAAUAGUCACAUUUGUUUUGUCUUAAUUUUUUAAAUCUUAAAAUGCUGCUCAAAAAUGUUUUAAUUGUUGAAAUGUGAUUUUUGUGUGCAUGUGUGUGUGUUUACUAAAAGGGUUAAAAUGUCUGUAAAUAAGGUUACUUUUUCACAAUAUUUAUUUAAACUGUUUUCUGCAUUUAUACCAGUAACAGUGAUGGCAGAAAGCAAAUUGAACCUAUUUUGGGGUAACAUAUCAAAGCACUGAUGGACAUUAUAAUCUUUUUCUUUUUGGCAAUUUUACUACAUUCGCCUUUUCUUUUGGUGUUGUCUUUGGCGAAUAAACUUUUCUGUAAUACAA